AUGAGCCCUCGUGAGCGCGCCGUGAACGACGAAGAGACGGAGCCUCUUACCCGCGCCGAUAUACCCUCUCGUGACUCCGCAGAAGGCUCCGGAAGCUCCGUGUCCUCGGUCUCGACGACGUCACUGGUGUUGGAACACAUUCACGACAAUGCGACAAAUGGCGCAUCGCGUGCGACAUUCGGGGAGAAGUACAGGGACGACGAUAACGGGGAGCCUCAGCGCAGGCGCGAGCGCUUCGAUGUCGAGGAUGGGCUAUCACAGGGUCUCAAGCCCGUCCAAGGGGUAGACAGGAAGACACGACGUCUGCUCUGGAUCAUUGGUACCAUAUGCGUAGCUGGUUGGGGGCUCGCGUUGUUCUCAUUCCUCUUUAAAGGCGACUACAAACACGCUUCUACCCGACCGCAUGAUCCCCUCGCAACUUCCACAAAGGGCUCGGGAAAGAAAGUCACUCUGGACAGUGUACUGAGCGGACAAUGGUACGGGGACAGGCAGAGUGUAUCUUGGAUUGCAGGGCCGCAAGGCGAAGAUGGCCUAUUGCUCGAAAGAGGCGUUUCCGAGGGCGGGUACUUGGUGGUAGAGAACAUCAGGGAUCAAGGCACGGCACAGGUUGCCGCGAGUAGGACCCUACUCAUGAAGACUCGCAACUUCAGAAUCAAUGGACAGUUCGUCUACCCGAACAACUUUUGGCCAAGCAAGGACUUCAAGAAAGUGCUCAUCAUCGCGGACGAACAAAAGAACUGGAGGCACUCUUUCACGGGAAAAUACUACAUCUUCGAUGUCGCGACCCAGACGGGGGAACCGCUGGACCCAGCGAACCCAGACGGUAUCGUUCAGCUAGCGUCCUGGUCGCCACAAUCUGAUGCGGUUGUUUUCACGAGGAACAACAACAUGUAUCUCCGCAAGCUAGAUUCCGAUACGGUUGUACCCAUUACAAAAGAUGGAGGCACUGAAGUGUUUUACGGCGUUCCGGACUGGGUGUACGAAGAGGAGGUGUUCGCGGGCAACAGCGCGACCUGGUGGUCGACAGACGGAAAAUAUAUCGCCUUCCUUCGUACGAACGAGUCUACCGUCCCUACAUUCCCUGUUCAGUAUUUCGUCUCUCGACCGAGCGGAAAGAAGCCUAGGCCUGGAGAAGAGAACUACCCUGAGGUUCGGGACAUCAAGUACCCUAAGGCAGGCGCGCCCAACCCUAUCGUGGACCUACAGUUCUACGAUGUAGACUUGGGCGAGGUGUUCAACGUAAACAUCGAGAAUGACUUCGCUGACCAUGACCGUCUCAUUACCGAAAUCACCUGGGCAAGGAACAAGCAGGUUCUCGUCCGUGAGACGAACCGAGAAAGUGAUGUGUUGAAGAUGAUCUUGAUGGACGUGGGCAAGCGAACAGGCAAGACUGUACGUACCGACGACGUGCAGGCUUUGGACGGCGGGUGGAUGGAAGUGUCUCACACAACUACCUUUGUGCCGGCCGAUCCUCAAAAGGGACGCAACGAAGAUGGAUACGUUGAUACCAUAAUCCACGACGGUUAUGAUCAUAUCGGUUACUUCACUCCGCUGGACAGCACAAAGCCUGUACUGCUUACCCAGGGCGAGUGGGAGGUAGUCGAUGCACCAUCACGAGUCGAUCUGAAUAAUAACCUGGUCUAUUACAUCUCGACCGAGCGCGGCUCUAUGGAACGUCAUCCUUAUGUUGUCAAGCUCGACGGCACAGGAAAGAAGGAGGUCAUGGACAACGCUGCAGCUGGAUUUUACGACGCUUCCUUCUCCACUGGCGGUGGCUACGCUCUGGUUACCCACGAAGGCCCUAGCAUCCCAUGGCAAAAGAUCAUCAGCACACCGUCCACUUCCUCAAAGUUCGAGAAAACGAUUGAAGAGAAUAAGAAGUUGGCGAAGCUCGCCGGACAACAUGAGCUUCCUAUCCUCAACUAUCAGAUGGUAGAUGUCGAUGGCUUCAAACUCAAUGUCGUCGAACGCCGCCCUCCACACUUCAACGAGAAGCGGAAGUAUCCUGUGCUCUUCUUCCAGUACAGCGGCCCCGGUUCGCAAUCGGUAGAUAAGAAGUUCUCGGUCAAUUUCCAGUCGUACGUCGCAUCCAGCCUGGGCUACAUUGUUGUCACCGUCGAUGGUCGAGGUACCGGUUAUCUAGGUCGCAAAUUGCGUUGCAUCACGCGCGGCAACAUCGGAGGCUACGAAGCGCACGACCAGAUCGCCGUAGCCAAAAUGUGGGCGAAGAAGAAGUACGUCGAUGAAGAGCGGCUAGCAAUCUGGGGCUGGAGUUACGGAGGUUUCACAACGCUCAAAACUUUAGAACUAGAUGCUGGUCAGACCUUCAAGUACGGUAUGGCUGUGGCUCCUGUAACAGACUGGAGGUUUUAUGACUCCAUAUACACCGAACGCUACAUGCACACGCCGCAGAACAACCCCGGCGGCUACGACAACUCCAGCAUCCACGACGUCAAAGCCCUGUCCCAGAACGUUCGCUUCUUAGUCAUGCACGGCAUAGCAGACGACAAUGUACACAUGCAGAACACGGCCACGCUUCUUGACAAGCUGGAUCUCGGAGGAGUGGAGAACUACGACGUGCAUUUCUUCCCAGACUCGGAUCAUAGCAUAUACUUCCACAAUGCGAACAAGAUUGUCUACGACAAACUAAGCUCAUGGCUCGUCAACGCGUUCAACGGCGAAUGGCUACGGUUACAAAAUGUUAAACCGAAAGCGCAAGAGAAAGAGCGGUAG